AUGCAGUGGGCCUGCAUACAGCUGCUGCUGCUGGGCCUGGGGCUACAGCUCUCACUUGGUGUCAUCCCAGCUGAGGAGGAGAACCCAGCCUUCUGGAACCAGAAGGCAGCCGAGGCCCUGGACAUCGCCAAGAAGCUGCAGCCUUCCCAGAAGGCUGCCAAGAACCUCAUUAUCUUCCUGGGGGAUGGGAUGGGGGUGUCCACGGUGACAGCCGCUCGGAUCUUAAAAGGGCAGCUGAAUGGCAAGCUGGGGCCUGAGACGCCCCUGGCCAUGGACUACUUCCCGUACCUGGCUCUGUCCAAGACGUACAGUGUGGACAGGGAUGUGCCAGACAGCGCAAGCACGGCCACGGCCUACCUGUGCGGCGUCAAAGCCAACUACGAGACCAUCGGCCUGAGCGCAGCCGCCCGCUAUAACGAGUGCAACACGACCCACGGCAAUGAGGUCACCUCUGUUCUGAGCCGGGCCAAGAAAGCAGGGAAGUCUGUGGGGGUGGUGACUACCACGCGGGUGCAGCACGCCUCACCAGCUGGCACAUAUGCGCACACGGUGAACCGGAACUGGUACUCGGACGCCGACGUUCCUGCCCAGGCGCUGAAGGACGGCUGCCAGGACAUUGCCACACAGCUUAUCUCCAACACAGACAUUGACGUGAUCCUUGGCGGAGGCCGGAAGUACAUGUUUCCCACGGGGACCCCAGAUCCUGAGUACCCAGACCAAAGCGGGGUCAGGUUGGACAACCGAAGCCUGGUGCAGGAGUGGCUAGACAAGCACCAGGGCGCCCGCUACGUGUGGAACCGCACAGCACUCAUCCAGGCAUCCCAGGACCCCUCGGUUACGCACCUCAUGGGCCUCUUUGAGCCAGCGGACAUGAAAUAUGAUGCAGUCCGAAACACCACCCAGGACCCCUCUCUGACAGACAUGACCAAGGCAGCCCUGCAUCUGCUGAGCAGGAAUCCCCAGGGCUUCUACCUCUUUGUGGAGGGAGGGCGCAUCGACCACGGUCACCACGCAGGCAAUGCUUACAUGGCCCUGACCGAAGCUAUCGAGUUUGACAACGCCAUCGAGGGGGCGGGCCAGCUCACAAAUGAAGAGGACACUCUGACCCUCGUCACCGCCGACCACUCCCACGUCUUCAGUUUUGGUGGCUACACGCUACGUGGGAGCCCCAUUCUUGGGCUGGCAAAUGGCAAGGCCUCAGACGGCAAGGCCUACACCUCCAUCCUGUACGGCAACGGGCCCGGCUACGCGCUCGGCAGCGGCUCCCGGCCCGACGUCAACGAGAGCCAGAGCACGCUCCCCGACUACAAGCAGCAGGCGGCCGUGCCCCUGUCGUCGGAGACGCACGGCGGCGAGGACGUGGCGUUGUUCGCGCGCGGCCCGCAGGCACACCUGGUGCACGGGGUGCAGGAGCAGAGCUUCGUGGCGCACGUCAUGGCCUUCGCCGCCUGCCUGGAGCCCUACACUGACUGCGGCCUGGAGCCCUCCGCCGGCAGCAGCGGCGCCGCGCCCCUCGCCCGCCCACUGUGGACGCCGCUGCUGGCCGGGGCGCUGCUGCUGCUCCUGCUGGUGCCCGCUGCUCCCUGA